CAUCAGGUUGGCCCGCUCUAAUGUGCCACAAAACGAAGUGAAUUUAAUUAAUAAUUUGCGCUAAUUUAUAAUCGUCCGAUGCAGCGAUUUAAUCGCCCGACAGCAACAGACAGUCCCCCACCGCAGCCACCACAACCCACAAGCAGGCGUAAUCAGCCAUUAUCAAUUGCUGUUUGUAGUGUAGAAAUCCCCAGAGCCCAAUAAAAAGAGCUCACCGGUCGUAACGAGACGUGGGGCACAGCAGGCAAAAAUACAAACACGAGCCAUGGCUAUGAAGUCGGGUUCGAAUUCGAAAACGGCAUCGGCAUCGGCGGCGGCAUCGGCUUCAGCAUCAUCGUCGGGUGCGAUCAAAAGCAGCAGCGUUGGCGGCGAGCUGCCCAAACGGAGCGAAACACUCUUGGAGGCAAAACGUCGCGCUCGGAACAUGCUCAAGAACCAAGGCAGCACUCAAGCCAUGCAGGAAACGGUGACGGAUAUAUUCCAGACAGCUGUCAAGUCGCUGCCUCUGGUACGUGGCGAAACGGCUAUGGUUUACCAUCAGUCGAUGGAGCAGCAUUGCUGCCGCUGGGAUCCCAAACACUUGGAGUGUCCGGAUCGUUUUAAUCGCGUUUUGGAUCGCUGCAACGAAUUGAAGCUGUUGGAUCGCUGCCUGCCAGUGUCCCCCAGGCUGGCCAGCAAACAGGAGAUACUACGCCUGCAUACGGCUCAGCAUUUUGAACUGUUGGAGCAGACGUCCGAAGUGUGCGACGAUCAGAGCAUGGAGGAGCUAAGCUCUCGUUUCGAUUCAAUAUACAUACAUCCGUCCACAUUUCAGUGCUCAUUGCUUGCCAGCGGAUCCACCAUCGAUUUGGUGGAUGCCAUAAUUACGGGCAGGGCGCAGAAUGGCAUGGCCAUCAUUCGGCCGCCAGGGCAUCAUGCCAUGAAGGCCGAAUUCAAUGGCUAUUGUUUCUUCAACAAUGUGGCUCUGGCCGCCCAGCAUGCCCUCGAUGUGCACAAACUGGAGCGCAUCCUGAUCCUUGACUACGAUGUCCAUCAUGGCCAGGGCACACAGCGCUUCUUCUACAACGAUCCCAGGGUUCUGUAUUUCUCCAUACAUCGCUUCGAGCAUGGUGCCUUCUGGCCACAUUUGCAGGAGUCCGACUACCAUGCCAUAGGCGAGGGCCCUGGCCUCGGCUUUAACUUCAAUGUGCCGCUCAAUGAAACCCGGAUGGGGGACGGCGACUACAUGGCCAUCUUCCAGCAGCUGCUACUGCCCGUAGCAAUGGAGUAUCAGCCGGAGCUGAUCAUCGUCUCGGCCGGCUAUGAUGCGGCCCUGGGCUGUCCCGAGGGCGAAAUGCAGGUGACGCCCGCCUUCUAUCCGCAUCUGCUCAAUCCGUUGCUCCGUCUGGCCGACUCCCGUGUGGCCGUUGUGCUCGAAGGAGGCUACUGCCUGGAAUCUCUGGCCGAGGGAGCGGCCCUCACGUUGCGCACCCUGCUGGGGGAUCCCUGUCCCGUGCUGAUCGAGCCGCUGCUUCCGCCGAAACCAUCGCUGAUCAAAUCAAUUCUCAACUGCAUCUUUGCUCAUCGGCCGUACUGGCGUUGCCUCCAGCUGCAGGGCACCUACGAUCCCCCCGAGCUGAUGGGCAAGAAUGGCAGCCAGGACUUGCAUAUUGUGGAACGUACAUGGGUUGGAGGACCGCCACCCGUUACCGUUUAUCCAACGCGGGACACCUCUGUGGAGCACCUCAUUCCCGAGCCGAUAGUGGCCGAUAAUACGGCCCGCCUGCGCCGACUGCGGCUGGAGACCAUUCUGACGGUGCCUGGCGUGCGUGUGUGCUACGCCUACAAUCCCGAGAUGAUGGAGCAUUGCAACCUGGACGACCUGGGCCAUCCCGAGCAGCCGAAGCGCAUUCAAUUUAUCCACAAAAUGCACGAGGAUUAUCAGCUGCUGGGCCGCAUGAAGCAGCUAGCUGCGCGGGCGGCCACCACCGACGAGAUCUGUCUGGCGCACAGUCGCUCCCACGUGAACACAAUGCGGCGAGUGCUGGGACGCGACAAAGACGAUCUGCAGGCGCAGGCAGCGACCUACAAUUCGGUGUACCUGCAUCCGGCCACCUUUGGCUGCGCCACCCUGGCCGCUGGAUCCGUUCUGCAGGCGGUGGACAGCGUGCUGCGCGGAGAGUCCCGCAGUGCCAUCUGCAAUGUCCGUCCACCCGGCCAUCAUGCGGAGCCGGACCAGCCGCACGGUUUUUGCAUAUUCAACAAUGUGGCCAUUGCCGCCCAGUACGCCAUUCGGGAGUUUGGCCUGAAGCGUGUGCUAAUCGUCGACUGGGAUGUCCACCACGGCAAUGGCACCCAGCACAUCUUCGAGUCGAAUCCCAAGGUGCUGUACAUCAGCGUCCAUCGCUACGAGAACGGUACCUUCUUCCCCAAGGGCCCCGACGGUAACUACGAUGUGGUGGGCAAGCACACGGGAGCCGGCUUUAAUGUCAACAUACCGUGGAAUAAGAAGGGAAUGGGGGAUCUGGAGUACGCCCUGGCCUUCCAGCAGAUCGUAAUGCCGAUUGCAUACGAGUUCCAGCCGGAACUGGUGCUCGUGUCGGCGGGCUUCGAUGCGGCCAUUGGGGAUCCUUUAGGCGGCUGCAAAGUUUCCCCCGAGGGCUAUGGCCUGUUCACCCACUGGCUGUCUGCUCUGGCCGGAGGACGGCUAAUUGUGUGCCUCGAAGGCGGCUACAAUGUGAACUCCAUUUCGUAUGCCAUGACCAUGUGCACAAAGACGCUGCUGGGGGAUCCGGUGCCGACGCCACAGCUGGGUUCGGCUGCCCUGACAAGGCCGCCGACAACGGCCUUCCAGAGCUGUCUGGAGACGCUGCAGUGCUGCGUGGAGGUGCAGCGUCAGUAUUGGAAAUCGCUAGAGUUUGUUGGCUACCGGCUGCCGCAUGGCUAUCAGAUUGGGGAGAACAACAACGAGGAUUUUCUUGCCGCUUCUUUGGUGAAGUUGAAUAUUUCAAGUGACGAUGCCCAGGGUGCGGCGGGCGGCGAACAAGCCGAUCCUGGGCAGGAGAGGCCCAGCGACAGCAAGCCCAAAGUAAAGGUAAAGCCGCCCAAUCAUUCAACGGCCGCGCCAGAGGAGAUGUUUGCCAUUCCCCCAAGCAAGACCUGUCCGCACAUGCGAAUGCUGCGACCGGAGCUGGUGCCGCAAUCAAUAAACACGAGGGCACCGUGCGGCGAAUGCAUCUCUAGGUCGGAUAACUGGAUGUGUUUGAGCUGCCACUAUAUUGGUUGUGGGCGCUAUGUGGGCCGGCACAUGCAGAGGCACUGCGAGGCACUCGAACAUACACUGGUAAUGCGGUUGCAGGACCAUGCCGUGUGGUGCUAUGUGUGCGGCAUUUAUCUCGAUAAUCCGCGACUCUUCGAAUACAAGAAUCGGGCACAUCAGGACAGAUAUGGCCGACCGCUGGCCUGGCGCUAUCCCUGUGCGAAGCGUGCCGAUGGCUGUUAUCCGUUAGAUCCCGAAACAGAUUCGGAGGAGGAGGCCGAUCAUAUUGCCAAUGGGAGCUAUCUCCAGGAGGCCCAGUGACCCUUGCUGCUGCGCGUCCUGCACGCCCUCACAGAUUAUAUGUGCACGCUGUGCCCACCAUUCAGACAUAUACUCCAGUUCCUGGUCGAGCACAUGUGGCCGCUGCUGGAACGCAUUUACCUUAAGCUGAUACAAUUUUUUUUGGGCAAUUGAAACAAACACCGCACGCUGUAUGUGCUACUCUCUCUCUCUCGUUCCCCU